AUGACACCUGAGUCACGUGUUCUGUCUUAACUUGCCAAAACGGAACCAGGUAAAGUUGCGACACCUGUCGUACCGACAUAAUGGAUUAAACCGGAAAAGAAGCUUCAUUCACAGAAUGAUUCUGUAGUGGUCCCCAAAUUCCAGAAAAUCAAACAAGUGAUGUAAAAAGGAAUUAUUCAGAAACAAUAUUGAGUAAUGUAACGUGUGACAAGAUGAACAGUUUUAAGUUUUAAGCUUUGGAUAAAAUGUUUCGACACACAUUGGAUGUUAUUGUACCCUUUAAAAAUAAUUAGCUUUAUGCAAUAUGGAGAGAUGUGGAUAAUGAUUCCCAAAUUUAGUCUUGGAAUAUAAGGAACGAUUUUUCAAUAUAACCUUUUGUGGAUUUGAAACAAAUAGAAUUUCAAAAUGUCAGAGCACAACGAUUUAGUGUUGGAAAUUGCAAUGGUGGAGAAAAUGAGUACGCAGGAGCGACUCAAACAUGCAAAGAAAAGACGGAGUCAACAACUGAAAAAAUUUGCAAAUUAUGAAAAACAGGUGGAUAAAGAAUUUGCUAAAAAGGUUAAAAAAGGAACAGGAAAAAAACGUCGUCCUCGAGUGAAGUUUCGUGGAAAUAUUAUGCUUUUAGAAUCAGCAGCAAGAGGGGACAUUGAAGAUGUACGAAAAUUACUAAAUCAGGGUGUUAAUCCAGAUGUAACUAACGAAGAUGGUUUAACGGCUCUUCAUCAGGCUUGUAUUGAUGACAAUGAAGAAAUGUUAAAACUUUUACUGGAAUAUGGUGCCAAUGUGAAUGCGAGAGACAGUGAACUUUGGACUCCACUCCACGCUGCUGCUACGUGUGGACAUUCCCACCUUUGUAAACAUCUCAUUUCUAAGGGAGCAGAACUAUUAGCAGUAAAUGCUGAUGGUAACAUGCCAUAUGAUAUCUGUGAAGAUGAAGUUACUCUGGACUAUAUUGAAACAGAGAUGGCCAAAGUUGGAAUAACUCAGGAAGAAAUAGACGAGAGAAGGUUGAUACCAGAGAGAAAUAUGUUAAAUGAUGUGUCUCGUUUAGCCAAGACAGGUGGGCCCCUGGAUGAGAGGGGCACUGAUGGUGCUACUUUACUUCAUAUAGCAGCUGCUAAUGGUUACAUGCAAGUGGCUGAGUUUUUACUUGACCAUCAUGUUUCUGUUGAUAAAAGAGACAGUGAUUCCUAUCAGCCAAUCCAUGCAGCAGCUUUCUGGUGCCAGCAAGAUGUUUUAGAACUAUUAGUUAAAAAUGGUGCAGACAUUGAUGCCAAAACACGAAAUGGAGAAACACCUUUUGAUUUGUGUGAGGAUCCUGAAAUGAAACAGAAGAUUUUAGACUUAAAAGAUGACCUAGAAAAUAAAAAGGCCAGUCGGUCGUCUGGUAGUACUAAACGUGGUACUAAACAUCAAACCUCACGAUCGAGUGGGUCUUCUAACCUAGGUAGUUCGAGCACGAUGUAUAGCUCCACUAGUUCAUUGAACGAGCCUCGGUCUCACGGUCUCCAUCACAGGCAUUCUUCGGAUCAUUCCCAUAGUGCCUCGAUCAGAAGGAGUAGUAUGAGAGGAGAGAAGAGUCAGCUGUUUAUGAAGGAAGCUAAAGAAGAAGCUAUGCAUUUUGGUUGGGGAAAAAAUGAUUUGGAUGAGGAGGAUAAAGAGAAUUCACAUAGCACAAAUAUCGAUGAUGUUGAGUUGAUUAUUGAUGACGAAGUUGACAAAAAUCGUCAUAGGAGUGAACAUCAUGAAGAAAGUCAUCAUGAAGAAAAACGUCAACAAGAAAGACAUCAUGACGAAAAACGUCAACAACAAGAAAAACCUACCAUCAUACGACAGGAAAUCAAGAGGGAAGACAGUGAACGGAGCUCGCGGAGUGGUGGAGGAAAUGACGUCUCUCGACGAACCUCCUUCAAUAAACGAAAUCAAAAACCUGACAUUCCACAGAACAGGGACCAGUCCAUCCCAGACAAACCUUACGAACUCAAUCAUGAUGACUCUCAUCGGUCUCAGAACUACGAUCAUGAAAAUUCAUCAACAAACUUACCAAAUGUAAACUCUGGUUCAUCUUCCUCACUUACAUCUAACAGAUACCCUUCAGGGACACCAUCAUUGAAUUUAUCAGAACUGAAAAAACAUAGGUCUGAGAGUCGAAGCCGAGAGAAUAGUGUGACCGCUGUGGACAGUGCUGUACAAGACAUGUUCUUAAGUUCUCUUAACAACAGAAAUAAAUACAGCUCAUCACCUUCACAAAGUAAAGAUCAACAUCAACAUUCCAAAAACAAUGGACAUAAUAAUAAUACGCCAUACUUUCCUAAUGAAAGUAUGAAGAAAUUCAAAGCUCCUGGAGGUGCUCCUGUAGUAGGAGGAGAAGAGAAAGAUGGAUGUUGUAGUAUCCUGUGAUAUAAUUAGAUAUUUUAGGGUAUUAAUUUUUAAACAUUUUAUAUAAUGUAAUAUUGCUAUAAUGUAUGGAGUAUUAGACCAAAAAAGGAAAGUUAACCGUAUUCAGUUUAUUUAAAGGAUGAAUGUACAUGGCAAGUUAUAUUUUUUUUUUACUUUUUUCAUAUAAAAGGUUGAAAUAAUAUACAUUGUACUUUAAAGUUACUUAAUUUACAACAUGCAUGUAAUUUUAUGCAGUCUUCUGUUCAGAGGUUGAUGCAUGGUAUGUUUCUAUAGGUGUCAAUUAAAACAUUGAAAUAAUGUAUUAAAAGUGCUAGGUAUAUUUUAUUUAACAUGGUUCUUAAUAUAAUAGCUUAGAUUUCUCAUAAUAUUUCUGGUAAGAUUAGUUGUACUGAAGUAGAUAUUCAAAGAAGUGUUACAAUUACUUGGAAUUAAAUUUUAUACAAUGUAGAAAUUUAUAGGGAGGAUUAUAUAAGUAUUAAUUUCUGAGAAUAUAGAUUAUAUAAUUACAGUUUAACUUAAGAUAAAUGCCAAUACGUCGUUGUAUUUCAUGAACAUUGAAAUAAUGUCUUAGAAUAAAAAUAUCUAUUGGUGUAAAUAUAUGUUUUAUUUCUGGAUUUCUAUACUUCUAUAUUUUUCAAGUAAGCAUAGUAGUAUAGUUUAGUUUGAUAAUUUAGAGACAUUCCGUAACAGUAACUAAUAAAGGAAUAUAAAGCUUUUUAUACACUAAUGUUAUAUACUCUAGACAGGGUGUGCUUUUUUGGAACCUUUUGAAUAUCAUGAAAAGAAUUAAAUAGAAUUACAAAUAUAUUUGCAUUUUAUGUGGGCUAGUUUUGUUAAGUCUGUGAGAUAUCUAUCAAGAUUCCUAGAUAAAAUCAAUCUCUACUAUUAAAAGGAAGCAAGAGCUGUGAAAGAAAAUUAUCUCCCCUUAUUGUAUGAAAAUUAUCUCCCUUAUCUUUAAUAUUUUAUCGAUUAAAAAAAAGUGUUCUGUCUUUCUUUCUAUUCUCCCAUUAUUCUAAUAAAGGUCUUUUUUCAAAUACUAAUGCAAAUGUAUUCUAGGUGCAAUAUUUAACUAUUUUGAAAUCUAUAAUUGAUCCAUUGUAUACAUUAAAAGAAAACUAUGUUUUAUAAAUACAAUGAAACACUGACUAUGUUUUCUUAUUAAUACAGAUGUAUUUAUUUCUUAAAGAUUAGGUUAUAGUGCAUAAGUAUUAAUACAUUUACAUCAAGAUUUUUUUGUUUUGUUUUGUACUAGUUUUUUGUUAGAUGAACACAUAUAAACAUAUAUAUAUAUAAGUUGCAGUGCUUCUUUAUAUACCCAAUCAUUUUUAUAAAAAUUGAAUUUAUUUGUUUGUCAAGCCUUGUUAUAUUUUGUGCAUGUGAAUGAUGUGUUCUGUUCUGUAUGAUCCUCCAUUAUAUUUUCAAAGUUUUUCAGUAACUAAAAUGAUCAUGAGUUUCUUUGAUGCCUUUUUUGGCAUGCAUGGAAUAGGACAUGCCUUUUCUUUAAAAUGUCACAGUUGAGAGCAAAAUUACUACUACUGUAUAUUUAACUAUAAAACUUAACAAAUCAUUUAAAAAAAAAUAUGAUCUAAAACAGUUCAGAUUAAAAAAAAAGUAUUCAGAUAAUUUCAUUGUAUCUUGCUGCUUAGGAAUAAGUUACUGUAAAAUCUCCGAUAAAAAUUCAAAAUUAAAGAAAGUCCUUUUGAACUGUAAUAUGUACAUAAAUCAGUCAAAUUAAAAACAAACAUUCCAUGCUUACUUAAACCUCAUAAAAAUAGGGCUUAAACAAUUUUUACAUGUGUGUAUGUAGGUGUGUGUGCUCAGUUUAUUUUACAUGAUUUUCAUUGUCUGAUUUGUAUACCUCAUACACUUAUUAAUUUUGCUAUAUAUUGUGCAAUGGUCCAUGUAUAUCUUUAAAUAAGUCAUCCAGUUUCAUUUGUGUAACAAGUAGAUGAUAGUCAAAGCUCUGACACAGCCUGUAAACACCUGAUGCAAAAUAGCUUAAUUAUCUCCCUUUAAAAGUAAACUGUUUAAUUUAAGAACAUUCAGCUCAAGUGAAACUGUUCAAUUAUAAUUUUGAAUUAAUUUUUAUAAACAGCUAGGGUUCAAAAAGUAUUGAUGAAUGAGAAACUCUAAAACAAUCUUAUUUUUUUACACUUCGAUAACAUUUUGUUUGUUACCUGGUUUGAUUUGGAAUGAAUGUCUUUGUCACAUAUACAAAAACCCUAUUGGAAAUUUACCUAUCGGGAAACUAGUUAUGGGCAAUAGUUUCCACUGUUUAUUAUUCCAUGAAGAUUUCACCAUUUGCAAAUUACAUGGUUUUUUUUCAAUUUGAGUAAUUAAAAGUAAACAUAAAGAUAGGAUAAUCGAUUUAUAACUUAUCUAUUUUUGAAAACUGUAUCCCCAAAAGCAUUUAAGUCAAACUGAAUUCAGUAGAAAACAGAUUUGUUACACUAUUACUUCUCUUGAAUGUGUUAUACAAAUUAAUCAUUCCAAUAUUUGUUUUGCUCACAUGUUCAAACAUUCAUUUGUUUUUCAUGAAUUACAAGAAUAAUGUGCAUUCACUACCUAAGCAGGAAGUAAUUUACUUAAAUAUAAAUAGGUAGGACAAAUUGACAGUUAUAAAUGAAUUAUAAAAAUAGGUAAGGUCAAAUCAAUUAUUCCAUCUGUCCUCAGGUAGUUGAUGCAUUUAGUUGACACACCAUCAAAUUAAUGAACUUUCAGAACAAACAGAAUUUAUAACACAGAUUGUAUAAAUAAGGGUUGUUUAUCAUAUCCAGGGUGUAAGACAGACUUUGUAGUAUACUUGGUUUUGAAUUUCUAAUUAAGCUGAAAAUAUAAAUUUAAAUAUAUUCUACACUGUUUAUAUUUAUUAAAGUGAUGAAUUUUUUCAAGAUUGAUGUCAUGAUGACCAGAAUGUUAAAACAUGAAGAUUUUUUAUUUUUACCUCAAAUAAAAAAAAAUCAUGUGAUGAAAGACAACCAAAAUAACUUGACAAGCAUUUUCUAAUGUAUCUGUAAUCAUCCCAUAUAUUGAUAACUCUUCAUUUCCAUUAUCAUUAUGAUAUACAAUGUUUUUUUACCAUUAAAAUGAUAGUUAUUAUAAUUAAUUAAAUCAUAUUUUCCAUUUUCAAUAUAAUCAGUUCAUUGAUUUAGUGAAGGCUUCCAUUUGAACCUCCCUGGUUAUUAGAAUAAGAAGAAUGCACAGAAUAGGGGGGUUCAAUUUGAAGUCUGGUCUUGAUUUUCAUGCAGAAAUAGAUUGUUUUAAGGAUUGCUUAUUUAUUGAAGAAGAAAUGUAAAACACCUUUCUUUGUUUGUAAGGUUGUCAAGUACAUAAUAAUAUACAAUAUUUUGUACAUUUUUUUAAUUUGUAAAUUUUAUUUUUUAAAGUAAACAUUGCUCACAUAUUUGUUAAGUAUGAUGUUACAAUGAUGUAUGUUAUCACCUUGAAAGGGAGAAUGGCACAACCUGAACAAAAUAUUAUAUACUGAAAAUUUC